UUCUGUUUCAAAAAAACCCAAACAGAUGGGCCGUGCGUGUUCUUGACAGCGACGGCUUGCCUAAGUAUCAGUUUGUACUUCUUAGCUAGAUAGCCAAUUGUAUGUUUUUUUAAUGAAUACAAAACAGCUUUUCCUCGCUUCAGUUAACAGUUAGCUAAUUUAUAGCCGGCUGUUCACGUAUACUAGCUAACAACAUUAGUAAUAACUGACCAGCUAGGAAUAAUAGCUGCUAAGCUAAAGCGAAUGUAGAAUGUUAGCUUGUGAGCUAGCCUUCACUGAAGGCUUUAUGGAAUAUGCCGUCAAUUCUGUCUUAUAAAGUGAUUGUAUGGCCUAAUUAGUAUUUACUUACUGGACUGAGCUUGCAUAGGUAGGUAGGUAGCACCCCUCGUAAUUUAACACACUUUAACGACCUCUCAAAGGGGAAUAAGAUGUCUGUGGAACUCGAUGUGUUUGUGGGAAACACCACCAUCAUGGACGAGGAAGUCUACCAGUUGUGGCUCGACGGUUAUACAGUGAAUGAGGCGGUGCGGGUGCGGAUGGAGGGAGGGGUGCUGGAGGAGUGGGAGGCCAGUGCGGAGGUGCUUCACAGUGACACCAUGGACCAGUUCCGCACCUUCCAGAUGUGUGAGCGUCUUCUCCACAGCCCAGCCAAGCUGGCCAAUCAGCUUCUGUUCCAGAUCCCUCCACACAGACAGGCCAUGCUCAUUGAGAGGUACUACGCUUUUGACAGUGCCUUCGUGCGAGAAGUCCUGGGGAAGAAACUGUCCAAGGGAACGAAGAAAGACCUGGAUGAUAUCAGCACAAAGACGGCGAUCGCGCUGAAGAGCUGCCGACGCCAGUUCGAUAACUUCAAGCGUGUGUUUAAAGUGGUGGAAGAGCUGAAGGGCUGUCUUGUGGAGAACAUUCAGCAGCACUUCCUGCUGUCUGAUAGGCUGGCCAGGGACUAUGCGGCCAUUGUCUUCUUUGUGAACAACCGCUUCGAGACAGGAAAGAGGAAGCUGCAGUAUCUCUCCUUCCAGGACUUUGCCUUCUGCGCCUGCCAGCUCAUCAACUACUGGACCGUGGGGGCCGUGGGUGAGAGAGAGAGAGAGACGGGCGUCGUGACACGCAGCCUGCGCCGACAGCGCGACUUCGAUAACAUGGUGGAGGACAUGGAUGUGGAUCUAGAUAAAGAGUUUCUGCAGGACCUGAAAGAUCUGAAGAUUUUAAUCACUGAUAAGGACAUGUUGGAUCAGCACAAGAGUCUCGUGUGUACGGCUCUUAGGGGGAAGACGAAAGUAUUCAAUGAGAUGGAGACCAACUUCAAGAACCUUUCCCGAGGCCUAGUUAACAUUGCUGCCAAACUUUUGAAUGCAAAAGAUGUCCGAGAUUUCUUCAUUGACCUCGUGGAGAAGUUUAUUGAGCCCUGUCGGUCUGACAAAUGGACAGCUGCGGACGUGAAGCUCUUCCUCACCCACUAUACCAAUUCCGCGCACAUACUCGACGCCUUCAAGCACCAGGCGGUUUGGGACAGGUAUAUGGGCGUCAUCAAGAGCUGCAUUCUGAAAAUGUACCACGACUAGGAUGUCGUCUCAAUCCCUUCUCCAUCGCUGCCUCGUUAUUUUCGUCUUCUCUCAUUCCGUCUCAUUUUUCCACCGCUUUCCCUGGUUGGUGCUUAGCUGUACACCUCCCUUGUGUCAAUUCCUUCGGCCAUUUCUCAUUUCUGUUAAAUUUCUCUUCUUCAUUUUGCUCCGUUACCUCUGCCUUGUUCUUUGUUGCUGCCUUAUCUGGUCUCUCCUUUUCUGUUUGGUCCUCUUUUACAAUUUCACUGGUGCGCUGCGUUCACUUGUAAGUAAAAUCUCCACUCUUUCUCAUGGAGGUACCCUGUGUGGUUUAAAUCACCGCCAAAUUGCAAUAAAAGUAUUUGUUUGACAUUG